UCUUAGCUUCUGCACUUGGGGUGGGCUGGGGAAUUAGGUGUUGUCUGAAGCAGCUUUGCACAGACAUUAGGGGAAAAAACGUGCACCAAUUCCCUUUGUGCUAGCUAAUGUGAUGCCCUUGAAUUUGGGAGUGGGCCACACAUUCCUGAAAGCCAUUGUUUACCUUGGAGUUUUGGAGAUUGGCUAUAGCUCUGAAGGGAACACCAGAGCUGACUUUGCGAGCGCUUCCCCGGUACUGGAGAGACUUGGAACUCACAGAGGGGGAAAGUCGCCCUCCGGGGUGGGGGCUCCAGCAGAGGAGGGACGGCCGCUGGCCAAUCAGAAGGAGAGGUCGCGCCGGGCUUCGCCUCCAAGGGGCUAGCUGUGGAAAGUUGGGAGGCUCAGUCGCUGGCCUGGAGCGCGGCGGCGGAGGCGGCACCGCAGGCUCGCAGCGUCCCCCAGGGCAUGGACCCCGCGCUCUGCGGGCGCUCGGCUACUCGCAGCUCCCUGCACGCGGCCGCUUAGAGCCCAGGACCUACCCAGCCGGACAAAAGGCGCCGCAUCCCUGCCCAGCCCAGCCCAGCUCCUGGAGGCAGCCGGGCUCCGGGUUGGUCUGCAUCUCAUUCUCCGCUCCAAAACUUUUGAGUUAGUUCAGAGACUGCAAAAGCCUGAUGAGGCACCAGAGAGGAAGCCAGUCCUCUGCCUGCUGUUGAGGAGUAAGCACAGUGGUUAGGAGCUUAGGGCAAAGAGAAAAGCAGCGAGCAAAACAAGAAAAGAAAAGAAAAAAAUGAUUGCCCAGGAAGUGGUCCACACAGUAUUCCUGGUGGCUCUUUUUCGUUCUUCCCUAGCUGGAGAUGGGACUCCGCAGUCUGAGAGCAGGGCUGAGGAGAUUCCUGAGGGGGCGUCCACGCUGGCUUUUGUGUUUGAUGUGACUGGGUCCAUGUAUGAUGAUUUAGUUCAGGUUAUUGAAGGGGCUUCCAAAAUUUUGGAGACGUCUUUGAAAAGACCUAAGAGACCUCUUUACAACUUUGCUUUGGUGCCCUUCCAUGAUCCAGAAAUUGGUCCAGUGACAAUUACCACAGAUCCAAAAAAAUUUCAGUAUGAAUUGAGAGAACUGUAUGUUCAGGGAGGUGGUGACUGUCCAGAAAUGAGCAUCGGGGCUAUAAAGAUUGCCUUGGAAAUCUCUCUUCCUGGGUCCUUCAUCUAUGUUUUCACUGAUGCACGAUCCAAGGAUUAUCGGCUCACCCAUGAGGUGCUGCAGCUUAUCCAACAGAAACAAUCUCAGGUGGUAUUUGUGCUCACUGGAGACUGUGAUGACAGGAAUCAUAUUGGAUAUAAAGUCUAUGAAGAAAUUGCCUCUACAAGUUCUGGUCAAGUGUUCCAUCUGGACAAAAAGCAAGUGAAUGAGGUGUUGAAGUGGGUGGAAGAAGCUGUGCAGGCCUCCAAGGUUCACCUCUUAUCCACCGAUCAUUUGGAGCACGCUGUGAAUACUUGGAAAAUUCCUUUUGAUCCCAGCCUCAAAGAAGUUACUGUGUCCCUGAGUGGCCCGUCUCCCGUGAUUGAGAUUCGCAAUCCUUUCGGGAAGCUGAUAAAAAAGGGAUUUGGCCUGAAUGAGCUGUUAAAUAUCCAUAACUCUGCCAAAGUGGUGAAUGUCAAAGAGCCUGAAGCUGGCAUGUGGACAGUGAAGACCUCCAGCAGUGGAAGGCAUUCUGUUCGUAUCACCGGUCUCAGCACUAUUGAUUUCCGAGCUGGCUUUUCUCGAAAGCCCACGCUGGACUUCAAAAAAACAAUGAGCAGACCCGUGCAAGGAAUACCUACGUAUGUGCUACUGAACACUUCUGGAAUCUCCAGUCCAGCUAGAGUAGACCGUCUCGAACUUCUGAGUAUCUCAGGGGGAUCUCUUAAGACCAUUCCUGUUAAGCAUUACCCAGAUCGGAAGCCUUACGGCAUCUGGAAUAUUUCUGACUUCAUUCCCCCAGAUGAAGCUUUCUUUCUCAAGGUGACAGGCUAUGACAAAGAUGGUUAUCUCUUCCAGAGAGUGUCAAGUGUUUCUUUUUCCAGCAUUGUCCCAGAUGCUCCCAAAGUUACAAUGCCCACAAGAACGCUGGGAUACUACCUGCAGCCAGGCCAAAUCCUCUGUUCGGUUGAGAGUUUUUUGCCCUUUACUUUGAGUUUCAUGAGAGAUGGAAUUGCCCUGGGAGUAGACCAAUAUUUAAGAGAAUCUGCCAGCGUGAACUGGGACUUCACAAAGGUGACGUUGUCUGACGAGGGCUUCUAUGACUGUAUCGCUGUGAGCAGCGCAGGGACGGGACGGGCACAGACGUUCUUUGAUGUAUCAGAGCCUCCUCCGAUCAUCCAACUGCCUAAUAAUGUAACAGUCACUCCUGGAGAAAGAGCAGUUUUGGCAUGUCUUGUCAUCAGUGCCGUGGAUUAUAACCUAACCUGGCAGAGGAGUGGCAGAGAUAUCCGACUAGCAGACUCAGCAAGAAUUAGGACCUUGGCCAACCUCUCACUGGAGCUGAGGAGUGUGAAAAUUGGUGAUGCUGGGGAGUACCGUUGUGUGGUUUCCAGUGAAGGGGGAUCAGCAGCAGCUUCAGUUUUCCUCACAGUCCAAGAAAAACCCAAAGUCACUGUGAUGCCCAAGAAUCAGUCUUUCACAGGAGGGUCUGAGAUCUCCAUCAUGUGUUCUGCAACAGGAUAUCCCAAACCGAAGAUUGUCUGGACCAUGAAUGAGAUGUUUAUCAUGGGUUCACACAGGUACAGGAUGACCUCAGAAGGUACCUUAUUCAUCAAGAAUGCAGUUCCUAAAGAUGCAGGGACCUACGCUUGCCUGGCAAGCAAUGCAGCUGGAACAGAUAAGCAAACAUCCACUCUCAGAUACAUAGAAGCCCCAAAGUUGGUGGUAGAGCAGAGUGAGCUCUUGGUGGCCCUUGGGGAUACAACAGUUAUGGAAUGUAAAACUUCUGGGAUUCCUCCACCUCAAGUAAAGUGGUUCAAAGGAGAUCUCGAGUUGAGGCCCUCAACAUUCCUCAGUAUUGACCCUCUCGUGGGACUUUUGAAGAUUCAAGAAACACAAGAUCUGGAUGCUGGUGACUAUACCUGUGUAGCCAUCAAUGAAGCAGGAAGAGCAACAGGCAGACUAACUCUGGAUGUAGGCUCACCUCCGGUUUUCAUACAAGAACCUUCUGAUGUGGCCGUGGAAAUUGGCUCCAAUGUGACAUUGCCUUGUUAUGUUCAGGGUUAUCCAGAACCAAAGAUCAAAUGGCGUAGGCUGGACAACAUGCCAGUUUUCUCAAGACCCUUUUCAGUUAGUUUCAUCAGCCAGCUGAGAACAGGAGCUCUCUUUAUUUCAAAUUUAUGGGCAAGUGAUAAAGGAACGUACAUCUGUGAAGCUGAGAACCAGUUUGGAAAAAUACAGUCGCAGACAACAGUAACGGUGACAGGACUCGUUGCCCCACUUAUUGGAAUCAGCCCUUCCAUGGCCAGCGUUAUUGAAGGACAGCCUCUAACUCUGCCUUGUACUCUGUUGGCUGGAAAUCCCAUUCCAGAACGGCGGUGGAUGAAGAACUCAGCCAUGUUGGUACAAAAUCCCUACAUAACUGUGCGCAGCGAUGGGAGCCUCCAUAUUGAAAGAGUUCGACUUCAGGAUGGAGGCAAAUACACUUGUGUGGCCAGUAAUGUCGCUGGAACCAAUAACAAAACAACCUCUGUGGCCGUGCAUGUUCUGCCAAGCAUUCAGCACGGCCAGCAGAUACUGAGCACAAUUGAAGGCGUUCCAGUAACUCUACCCUGCAGAGCGAGUGGGAUUCCCAAGCCAUCUAUCACCUGGUCAAAGAAAGGAGAGCUGAUUUCAACGAGCAGUGCCAAGUUUUCUGCAGGGGCUGAUGGGAGUCUGUAUGUGGUGUCACCAGGGAGUGAGGAGAGUGGCGAGUACAUCUGUACAGCCACCAAUGCAGCCGGCUAUGCCAAGAGGAAAGUGCAGCUGACUGUCUAUGUAAGACCCAGAGUGUUUGGGGACCAAAGAGGACUGUCCCAAGAUAAGCCUGUGGAGAUCUCUGUCCUGGCUGGGGAGGAGGCAAUACUUCCCUGUGAAGCUAAGAGCUUACCUCCACCCAUCAUUACCUGGGCCAAAGAUAGCCAACUCAUCUCUCCAUUUUCUCCAAGACACACGUUCCUCCCUUCUGGCUCAAUGAAGAUCACAGAGACCCGCGUUUCAGACAGUGGGAUGUAUCUGUGUGUUGCCACAAAUAUUGCUGGGAAUGUGACUCAGUCCGUUAAAUUAAGUGUCCACGUUCCUCCAAAAAUACAGCAUGGAAAUCGACACAUAAAAGUCCAAGUCGGCCAGAGAGUGGACAUCCUAUGCAAUGCCCACGGGUCUCCGCCUCCCGUGAUCACCUGGUUUAAAAGCGGAAGGCCGUUCCUUGAUGGAGCGCAGCAUCCUGGUAGCCCAGACGGAACGCUGAGCAUUGAGCAGGCUGUGAUCUCAGAUGCUGGCGUAUAUACAUGUGCUGCCACGAACAUAGCCGGAAGUGAUGAAGCAGAGGUCACAUUGCAUGUCCAAGAACCACCUUCAGUGGAAGACCUGCAACCUCCUUUUAACACUCCGUUCCAAGAAAGGUUGGCCAAUCAGCGCAUCGAAUUUCCAUGCCCUGCAAAAGGUACUCCUAAACCAACCAUCAAGUGGUUACACAAUGGCAGAGAGGUGACAGGGCAAGAGCCUGGUGUUUCUAUCUUGGAAGAUGGCGCACUGUUGGUAAUCGCUUCUGUUACACCACACAACAAUGGCGAGUACAUCUGUGUGGCCGUCAAUGAAGCUGGGACCACAGAAAGGAAAUACAACCUCAAAGUUCAUGUUCCACCAGUAAUUAGAGAUAAGGAACAUGUGACCAAUGUGUCCGUGUUGACAAGCCAACUGGCCAGCCUCUACUGUGAAGUAGAAGGAACUCCGUCCCCUGUCAUAACAUGGUAUAAGGACGACAUCCAGGUGACAGAAAGCAGCACUGUUCAGAUUGUGAACAAUGGAAAGAUUCUAAAACUCUUUAAGGUGUCUGCCGAGGAUGCGGGAAGAUAUUCCUGCAAAGCAAUUAAUAUUGCAGGCACCUCUCAGAAGGACUUUAGUGUCAAUGUACUAGUUCCACCCAGCAUACUAGGUGCCAGCUCCCCGAGUGAAGUCUCAGUUGUUCUUAACCACAACGUCACCCUGCAGUGUCCUGGCACAGGCGUCCCCUUUCCGGCUAUUCACUGGUUCAAGGAUGGCAAGCCUUUAUUUUUGGGAGAUCCUAACAUUGAACUCUCAGACAGAGGACAGAGUUUACAUCUGAGAAAUGCACGGAGAAGUGACAAGGGACGCUACCAAUGUACUGUGUCCAAUGCAGCAGGCAAGCAAGCCAAGGAUAUAAAACUCACUGUCUAUGUUCCACCUAGUAUUAAAGGAGGCAAUAUUACCACAGAAAUAUCAGCGUUGCUCAACAGUAUAGUUAAACUGGAAUGUGAGACACGGGGGCUCCCAGUGCCUGCCAUUACUUGGUAUAAGGAUGGCCAGGUAGUCACAUCCAGCUCACAAGCACUUUAUAUUGACAAAGGACAACUUCUCCACAUUCAGAGAGCACAGGUCUCUGACUCAGCAACAUACACAUGUCAUGCAGCCAACGUUGCUGGAACGGCUGAGAAAUCAUUCCAUGUUGACAUCUAUGUUCCUCCAACAAUCGAAGGUGACUUGACCGCUCCUUCAAAUAAGCAAGUCAUUAUUGGUCAGUCGUUGAUCUUGGAGUGUAAAGCUGCUGGCAACCCUCCUCCCAUUCUCACUUGGUUAAAAGAUGGCGUGCCUGUGAAAGCCAGUGACAACAUCCACAUCGAAGCCGGUGGGAAGAAGCUCGAAAUCUUGAGUGCCCUAGAAGUUGAUCGGGGACAGUACAUAUGUGUAGCUACCAGUGUGGCAGGAGAACGGGAAAUCAAGUAUGAAGUUGAUGUCUUGGUGCCACCGGCUGUGGAAGGAGGAGAGGAAACAUCUUACUUCAUUGUGUUGGCAAAUAACUUACUGGAGCUAGACUGUCAGGUCUCAGGCUCUCCCCCACCAACUAUCAUGUGGCUAAAAGGUGGUCAGUUAAUUGAUGAGAGAGAUGGAUUCAAGAUCUUACUAAAUGGACGCAAACUCGUUAUUGCUCAGGCUCAAGUGUCAGACACAGGCCUUUACCAGUGUGUGGCAACAAACAUUGCAGGGGACCACAGGAAGGAGUUUGAAGUGACCGUUCAUGUUCCUCCAACAAUCAAGUCCUCAGACCUUCCUGAGAAGACUGUGGUGAGAUACAAGCCAGUUACCUUGCAGUGCAUAGCCAAUGGCAUUCCAAAUCCAUCCAUUACAUGGCUGAAGGAUGACCAGCCUGUGAACACUGCCCAUGGGAACCUCAAAGAUCUGGAUGCAGACAGUGGUCCGAGGAGGAGAGGAAAGGAAGACAGGCGCUGGCAUACAGCAGUGGCAAGUAUACAGUCUUCUGGUAGAGUUCUACAAAUUGCCAAGGCUCUUUUGGAAGAUGCUGGUAGAUACACAUGUGUGGCUACCAAUGCAGCUGGAGAAGCACACCAGCACACUCAACUGCAUGUGCAUGAACCCCCAAGCCUGGAUGACGCGGGAAAGAUGCGGAAUGAGACAGUGGUGGUGAAUAACCCCAUACAGCUGGAAUGUAAAGCCACAGGCAAGCCUCUUCCUGUUAUCACGUGGUACAAAGACAGCCAUCCCCUCUCAGGCUCUGCAAGUGCAGCCUUCCUGAAGAGAGGCCAGGUCCUUGAGAUUGGGAGUGCUCAGAUCUCAGAUGCUGGCAUCUACAAAUGUGUAGCCAUCAACUCUGCUGGAGCUACAGAACUGUUUUACAGCCUACAAGUUCAUGUGCCUCCUUCGAUCUCAGGUAGCAGUUCCAUGGUGGAGGUGGUGGUGAAUAAUCUAGCAAGGUUAGAAUGUGAAGCCAGAGGCAUCCCUGCCCCGAGUCUGACCUGGCUGAAAGAUGGGAGCCCAGUCUCUAGCUUCUCUAAUGGAAUACAGAUUCUCUCGGGAGGUCGCAUCUUGGCACUGACCAGUGCUCAGAUGAGUGACGCAGGAAGGUACACCUGCGUGGCAGUGAACGCUGCUGGGGAGAAACAAAGGGACAUUGACCUCAGAGUCUAUGCUCCACCCAAUAUUAUGGGAGAAGAACAGAAUGUCUCCGUCCUCAUUGGCCAAGCUGUGGAGUUGUUUUGUCAAAGUGAUGCUGUUCCUCCCCCUACUCUGAUGUGGUUGAAGGAUGGCCGCCCUCUGCUGAAGAGACCAGGUCUCAGUAUCUCUGAAAACGGAAGUGUGCUUAAGAUUGAAGAUGCUCAGGCCGGAGACACUGGUCGUUACACCUGUGAAGCCACCAAUGUUGCUGGGAAAACGGAGAAGAACUACAACGUUAACGUCUGGGUACCACCUAGUAUUUAUGGCUCUGAUGAGCUUGUGCAACUUACAGCCAUUGAAGGGAAUCUUAUCACUCUCCUAUGUGAAUCAAGUGGAAUCCCACCCCCAGAUCUUACCUGGAAGAAGAAAGGUUCUCUGGUGUUGGCUGACUCUGCAGGACGUGUUCACAUUUUAUCUGGUGGCAGACGACUACAAAUUUCGAUUGCUGAGAAAGCAGAUGCAGGACUCUACACAUGUGUGGCGUCCAAUGUGGCUGGAGUUGCAAAGAAAGAGUAUAACCUGCAAGUGUAUAUCCGACCAUCAAUAACCAACAGUGGUGGCCACCGCCCUGAGAUUACUGUCAUCCGUGGGAAAAGUAUUUCUUUGGAAUGUGAGGUGCAGGGUAUUCCUCAGCCAACAGUGACCUGGAUGAAAGAUGGCCGCCCCUUGACCAAGGGAAAAGGAGUGGAAAUAUUGGAUGAAGGCCGAAUCCUUCAGCUGAAGAAUGUUCAUGUGUCUGACACCGGCCGUUAUGUGUGUGUUGCUGUGAAUGUAGCAGGAAUGACUGACAAGAGAUACGACUUAAGUGUUCAUGCCCCUCCAAGCAUCAUCGGGAACCACGGAGUCCCUGAGAACGUCAGUGUGGUGGAAAAGAGUUCUGUAUCCCUGACCUGUGAAGCCUCCGGCAUCCCCCUGCCUUCCAUAACCUGGCUAAAGGAUGGCUGGCCUGUCAACCUUGGCAGUUCUGUGAAAAUUCUCUCAGGAGGCAGGAUGCUGCGGUUGAUGCAGACCAGACCAGAAGAUGCUGGCCAAUAUACUUGUAUUGUAAGGAAUGCAGCUGGUGAAGACAGGAAAAUGUUUGGACUUUCAGUAUUAGUUCCUCCUCACAUUGUGGGUGAGAACACAUUGGAAGAUGUAAAGAUUAAAGAGAAACAGAGUGUUACCUUGACUUGUGAAGUGAGAGGGAAUCCUGUGCCACAGAUCACGUGGCACAAAGACGGACAGCUUCUCCAAGAAGAUGAAGCCCACCACAUGAUGUCUGGUGGCCGUUUUCUUCAGAUCACCAAUGCUCAAGUGUCACACACAGGACGAUAUACAUGUCUGGCCUCUAAUAUAGCUGGUGACAAAAGCAAAAGCUUCCGUCUCAACGUGUUUGUAUCUCCUACAAUUGCUGGUGUAGACAGUGAUGGCAGCCCUGAAGAUGUCAUUGUCAUCCUUAACAGUCCCACUUCCUUAGUCUGUGAGGCAUAUUCCUACCCCCCUGCUACCAUCACCUGGUUCAAGGACGGCACACCUUUAGAAUCCAACCGAAACAUUCGCAUUCUUCCAGGAGGCCGUACUCUGCAGAUCCUAAACGCGCAGGAAGACAAUGCUGGACGGUACUCAUGCGUGGCCACUAACGAGGCCGGGGAGAAGAUAAAGCACUAUGAAGUGAAGGUCUACAUUCCACCCAUAAUCAAGAAAGGGGACCUCUUGGGGCCAGGUCUUUCCCCUAAGGAAGUGAAGAUCAGAGUGAAUAGCAGCCUGACACUGGAGUGUGAAGCUUACGCCAUUCCUUCUGCCUCCCUCCGCUGGUACAAGGACGGACAGCCCCUUAAAUCGGAUGAUCAUGUUACCAUCGCCGCAAGUGGACAUACUCUUCAAAUAAAGGAAGCUCAAAUCUCAGACACUGGACGAUAUACCUGUGUGGCAUCUAACCUUGCAGGCGAAGAUGAGUUGGAUUUUGAUGUGAAUAUACAAGUUCCUCCAAGUUUUCAGAAACUCUGGGAAAUAGGAAACAUGUUAGAUACCGGCAGGAGCGGUGAAGCUAAAGACGUGAUCAUCAACAACCCCCUUUCUCUGCACUGUGAGACAAAUGCUGCUCCUCCACCAACUCUGACAUGGUACAAAGAUGGCCGACCUCUGACCUCCAGUGACCGAGUAUUGAUUUUACCAGGAGGACGGGUGCUGCAGAUUCCCCGGGCUAAGGUAGAAGAUGCCGGGAGAUACACAUGUGUGGCUGUGAAUGAAGCUGGGGAAGACUCCCUUCGGUAUGACGUCCAUGUGCUCUUGCCACCAGUUAUCAAGGGAGCAAACAGUGAUCUGCCAGAAGAGGUCACCGUGCUAGUGAACAAGAGUACACAGAUGGAAUGUUCAUCCAGUGGUAACCCAGCACCGAGAAAUUACUGGCAAAAAGAUGGACAGAUCUUGUUAGAAGAUGAACAUCAUAAGUUCCAGUCUGAUGGCAGGAGUCUUCAGAUUCUAAAUGCUCAAAUAACAGAUACUGGAAGGUAUGUGUGUGUCGCAGAGAACACUGCUGGGAGUGCCAAGAAAUACUUUAACCUCAACGUUCAUGUUCCUCCAAGUGUCAUUGGUCCUAACCAUGAACAUCUCUCUGUGGUUGUGAACCAUUUCAUCUCUUUGAACUGUGAAGUUUCUGGUUUUCCCCCUCCUGACCUCAGCUGGCUCAAGAAUGAAGAGCCAAUCAAGCCAAACACGAAUGUUCUCACCGUGCCUGGUGGUAGAACUCUACAGAUUAUCCGGGCCAAGAUAUCAGAUGGAGGCGACUAUACCUGCAUUGCUAUCAACCAAGCUGGAGAAAGCAAGAAAAAAGUUUCACUGACUGUUCAUGUGCCCCCAAGCAUCAAGGAUCACGGCAGCCAAUCUCUUUCUAUAGUGAAUGUAAGAGAGGGGACCUCAGUGUCUUUGGAAUGUGAGUCAAAUGCUGUGCCUCCUCCAGUCAUCACCUGGUCUAAGAAUGGGCGGAUGAUACCAGAUUCUACCAACGUGGAGAUUUUAACUGGUGGACAAACACUACACAUCAGACGAGCCGAGGUGUCUGACACAGGCCAGUAUGUAUGUAGAGCUAUAAAUGUAGCAGGACGAGAUGAUAAAAAUUUCCACCUCAAUGUAUAUGUGCCUCCUACUAUUGAAGGGCCGGAAACAGAAGUCAUUGUGGAGACAAUCAGCAAUCCAGUGACAUUGACUUGUGAUGCCACUGGGAUCCCGCCUCCCACCAUAACAUGGUUAAAGAACCACAAGCCUAUAGAAAAUUCUGACCCCCUUGAAGUUCACAUUUUGUCUGGAGGAAGCAAACUGCAGAUCGCCCGACCUCAGCGUUCAAACAGUGGAAACUACACGUGUGUUGCAUCCAAUAUGGAGGGAAAGGCUCAGAAAAACUUUAUCCUUUUCAUUCAGGUCCCUCCAAGUGUUGCCGGUGCUGAAGUUCCAAGUGAAGUUAGUGUCCUUCUCGGGGAAAAUGUUGAGCUGGUCUGCAAUGCAGAUGGCAUUCCCACCCCUCAUCUUCAGUGGCUUAGGGAUGGAAAACCCAUAGUGAAUGGCGAAACAGAGCGAGUCAGGGUCACCACAGAUGGCAGCACAUUAAACAUUUACAGAGCCCUCACAUCUGACAUGGGGAAGUAUACAUGUGUGGCUACGAAUCCCGCUGGAGAAGAAGAUCGAAUAUUUAACUUGAAUGUCUAUGUUCCACCUAAAAUCCGAGGUAAUAAAGAAGAGGCAGAGAAGCUGAUGGCUCUGGUAGACACAUCAAUAAAUAUUGAAUGCAAAGCCACUGGGACGCCCCCACCGCAGAUCAACUGGCUGAAGAACGGCCUUCCUCUACCCAUCUCUUCCCACAUUCGCUUGCUGUCAGCGGGGCAGGUUGUCAGGAUCGUGAGAGCUCAGGUGUCUGAUAUCGCUGUAUAUACUUGUGUGGCCUCCAAUAGAGCUGGGGUAGACAGUAAGCACUACAGCCUUCAAGUCUUUGUGCCACCGAAUAUGGACAACGCAAUGGGAACAGAGGAAAUCACGAUUGUCAAAGGCAGUUCUACCUCUAUGACGUGCUUUACAGAUGGAACCCCAGCUCCUAGCAUGUCUUGGCUCAGAGAUGGCCAGCCUCUGGCGCCUGAUGCUCAUCUGACUGUCAGCACUCAGGGAAUGGUCCUUCAGCUCAUCAAGGCAGAAACGGAAGAUACUGGAAAGUACACCUGUGUUGCCACAAAUGAAGCUGGAGAAGUCAGCAAGCAUUUUGUCCUGAAAGUCCUAGAGCCACCUCACAUUAACGGAUCUGAAGGACCUGGAGAGGUAUCUGUAAUUGUAAAUAACCCACUUGAAUUAUCCUGCAUUGCUUCUGGAAUUCCUGCCCCUAAAAUUUCCUGGAUGAAAGAUGGCCGGCCCUUUCUACAGACAGAGCAAGUGCAGACUCUAGAAGGAGGAGCUAUUCUUCGAGUGUCCAGUGCACAGGUGGAGGAUACAGGAAGAUACACCUGCCUGGCAUCCAGUCCUGCAGGGGAUGAUGAUAAAGAAUAUUUAGUGAGAGUACACGUGCCUCCUAAUAUUGCUGGCAUGGAUGAAGCCCAGGACUUCACUGUGUUAAGGAACAGGCAGGUGACACUGGAAUGCAAAUCCGAUGCGGUGCCUCCACCUGUGAUCAUGUGGCUCAAAAACAGGGAGCAGUUACAGGCAACACCUCGAGUAAGAAUCCUGUCUGGGGGCAGAUACUUACAAAUCAAUAAUGCAGACCUGGGAGACACAGCCAAUUACACCUGUGUUGCCAGCAACAUCGCGGGAAAGACUACAAGAGAAUUUAACCUCACUGUAAAUGUUCCUCCAAGCAUCGGUGGCGGUCCCCAGAGCCUUGUCACUCUCUUAAAUAAGUCAAUCGCCCUGGAAUGCCGUGCUGAAGGCGUGCCAGCACCGAGGAUAACGUGGAGAAAGGAUGGCGUUGUGCUAGCUGAGAGCCAUGCAAGAUAUUCCAUCUUGGAAAAUGGAUUCCUUCAUAUUGAAUCAGCACAUGUCACAGAUACUGGACGGUAUUUGUGUAUGGCGACCAAUGUGGCUGGAACAGACCGUAGGCGAAUAGAUUUACAAGUCCAUGUCCCUCCAUCGAUUGCUAUGGGUCCUACCAACGUAACAGUAACAGUGAAUGUCCAAACUACUUUGGCUUGUGAAGCUACUGGGAUACCAAAACCAUCAGUCACCUGGAGAAAAAAUGGACAUCUUCUUAAUGUAGAUCAAAAUCAAAAUUCAUACAGGCUCCUUUCCUCUGGUUCACUUGUAAUCAUUUCCCCCUCUGUGGAUGACACUGCCAGUUACGAGUGCACUGUGACAAGCGAUGCUGGAGAGGACAAGAGAGCAGUGGACCUCACUGUCCAAGUUCCUCCCACCAUAGCGGAUGAACCUAUGGAUUUCCUGGUGACCAGACAGGCCCCAGCAGUCAUGACCUGCUCAGCUUCUGGAGUUCCUGUUCCCUCAAUUCACUGGACCAAAAAUGGCCUAAGACUGCUUCCCAGAGGAGACGGCUAUCGGAUUCUGUCUUCAGGUGCAAUUGAGAUACCUACUACCCAAUUAAACCACGCAGGAAGAUACACGUGUGUUGCUCGUAAUGCAGCGGGCUCAGCACACCGGCAUGUAACCCUUCGUGUUCAAGAGCCUCCAGUCAUUCAGCCCCAACCAAGUGAACUGGAUGUCAUUCUAAACAACCCAAUCUUACUACCAUGUGAAGCAACAGGAAUACCUACUCCAUUCAUAACUUGGCAAAAGGAAGGCAUCAAUGUCAUUACCUCAGGCAAGAGCCUCGCCAUUCUUCCUAGUGGCAGCUUACAGAUCUCCAGAGCUGUUCGAGGGGAUGCAGGCACUUACAUGUGUGUGGCCCAGAACCCAGCUGGUACAGCCUUGGGCAAGGUCAAGCUGAAUGUGCAAGUUCCUCCAGUCAUUAGUUCUCAUCAAAAGGAGUAUGUUGUUACAAUGGAUAAACCUGUCUCUCUACUGUGUGAGACAGAGGGCUCUCCACCACCUGACAUUACCUGGCAUAAAGAUGGGCAUGCACUUACCGAAUCUAUCCGCCAGCGCAUCCUGAAUUCAGGGGCUCUGCAGAUAGCAUUUGCUCAGCCUGAUGAUGCUGGUCAGUACACAUGCAUGGCUGCCAACAUGGCCGGAUCAAGCAGCGUCAGCAGCACACUCACCGUCCAUGUACCACCUAGGAUUCAAAGCACAGAAGUACACUUCACCGUCAACGAGAACUCCCAAGCUGUUCUCCCGUGCGUUGCUGAUGGAAUCCCCACGCCUGCAAUUCACUGGGAAAAAGAUGGUGUUCUUAUAGCCAACUUGUUAGGGAAAUACACUGCCCAGCCAUAUGGAGAGCUCAUCUUGGAAAAUGUUGUGCUGGAAGAUUCUGGCACCUACACAUGUGUCGCUAACAAUGCUGCUGGUGAAGAUACACGUAUUGUGACCCUGGCUGUGCAUACCCUUCCCACUUUUACUGAACUUCCUGGAGACCUGUCAUUAAAUAAAGGAGAACAGCUACGGUUAAGUUGUAAAGCCGUUGGCAUCCCAUUGCCCAAACUAACGUGGACCUUCAACAACAAUAUUAUUCCAGCCCACUUUGACAGCAUCAAUGGACACAGUGAACUCGUUAUUGAAAAGGUGUCAAAGGAGGACUCGGGCACUUACGUGUGCACCGCGGAGAACAGUGUUGGCUUUGUGAAAGCGAUCGGAUUUGUUUAUGUGAAAGAGCCCCCAGUCUUCAAAGGUGAUUACCCAUCUAACUGGAUUGAACCACUCGGAGGGAACGCAAUCCUAAACUGUGAGGUAAAAGGAGACCCUGCCCCAACCAUCCAAUGGAGCCGCAAGGGGGCUGACAUAGAGAUUAGCCACAGGAUCCGACAACUGGGUAAUGGUUCCUUGGCCAUCUACGGCACUGUGAAUGAAGAUGCUGGUGACUAUACCUGUGUAGCUGCCAAUGAGGCCGGGAUGGUGGAGCGCAGCAUGAGCCUGACUCUGCAAAGUUCUCCUAUUAUCACUCUUGAGCCAGUGGAAACUGUUGUAGAUGCUGGUGGCAGAGUCAUACUGGAUUGCCAAGCAGCUGGUGAACCGCAGCCAACCAUCACAUGGUCCCGCCAAGGGCAACCCAUCUCCUGGGAUAACCGACUUUCCAUGCUGCCUAACAGCUCAUUAUACAUCGCUGCUGCUCGUAAGGAAGAUACUUCUGAAUAUGAAUGCGUUGCCCGAAACUUGAUGGGCUCUGUCCUGGUCAGAGUGCCUGUCAUAGUCCAGGUGCACGGUGGGUUUUCAUUGUGGUCUGCCUGGAGGCCCUGCAGUGUCACCUGUGGAAAAGGCAUCCAAAAGAGGAGCCGGCUGUGCGACAACCCACCUCCAGCCAAUGGAGGGAGGCCAUGCCAAGGGGCGGAUUCAGAAGCGCGACACUGUCACAAUAAGCUGUGUCCAGUGGAUGGUCACUGGUCAGAAUGGAGUUUCUGGGAAGACUGCUCAAGAAGCUGUGGGCAUGGCAACCAAACUAGGACGAGAACUUGCAGCAACCCGCCGGCUCAGCAUGGCGGGCGGCCAUGCGAGGGGCAUGCUGUGGAAACCAUUAUGUGUAACAUCAGGCCUUGCCCAGUCCAUGGUGUGUGGAAUGCUUGGCAGCCUUGGAGUGCGUGCAGCAAAAGCUGUGGAAAAGGCAGUCAGACCAGAAUGAGACUUUGCAACAACCCGCCACCGUCAUUUGGUGGGGCCCACUGCAGUGGAGCAGAAACCCAGAUGCAAGUCUGCAAUGAGAGACACUGUCCAGUGGAUGGCAGGUGGGCGACUUGGAGCAGUUGGAGUGCCUGCACCGUAUCCUGCGGAGGAGGUGCCAGGAAGAGAACAAGGGACUGUUCUGACCCAGUGCCACAGUAUGGAGGAAACAAAUGUGAAGGGACUGGUGUCCAGAGUGACUUUUGCAAUAGUGACCCUUGUCCAACCCAUGGUAACUGGAGCCCUUGGAGCGGCUGGGGGACGUGCAGUCGGACAUGCAAUGGAGGGCAGAUGAGGCGGUACCGCACAUGUGAUAAUCCACGUCCCUCCAAUGGAGGAAGAGCCUGUGGGGGUCCAGAUACCCAGAUCCAGAGGUGCAACACUGACAUGUGUCCUGUGGACGGAAGUUGGGGAACAUGGCACAGCUGGAGCCACUGUUCUGUCUCUUGUGGAGGAGGUGAAAGGACUCGAAAGCGACUAUGUGACAAUCCAGUGCCAACUAAAGGUGGCCGUUCCUGUCCGGGAGAUGCCACCCAGGUCUCCAGAUGUAACAUGCAAGCAUGUCCAGGUGGACCCCAGCGAGCCAGAGGAAGUGUUAUUGGAAAUAUUAAUGAUAUUGAGUUUGGAAUCGCUUUCCUAAAUGCCACAAUAACAGAUAGCCCUAACACUGAUACAAGAGUAAUACAGGCCAAGAUUACCAAUGUGCCUCGCAGUCUUGGUCCAGCAAUGAGAAAGAUCAUUUCUAUCCUAAAUCCCAUUUACUGGACCACAGCAAAGGAAAUAGGGGAAGCAGUUAAUGGCUUUACCCUCACUAACGCAGUCUUCAAAAGAGAGACGCAAGUGGAAUUUGCAACUGGAGAGGUCUUGCGGAUGACACACGUGGCUCGGGGCUUAGACUCCGACGGCGCCUUGCUGCUUGAUGUCAUUGUGAGUGGCCAGGUCCUACAGCUCCACUCACCUGCUGAAGUCGGUGUGAAGGAUUACACAGAGGACUACAUUCAAACAGGACCCGGUCAGCUCUAUGCCUACUCAACUCGUCUGUUCACCAUCGAUGGCAUCAGUAUCCCCUAUACGUGGAACCACACCAUUUUCUAUGAUCAGGCCUGGGGGAAAAUGCCUUUCUUAGUAGAGACACUUCAUGCAUCUUCCAUAGAGUCUGACUACAACCAACUAGAAGAGACACUGGGUUUUAAAAUCCAUGCUUCAAUUUCCAAAGGAGAUCGCAGUAACCAGUGCCCCUCUGGGUUCAUUUUAGACUCGGUUGGACCCUUUUGUGCAGAUGAAGAUGAAUGCACAGCUGGGAACCCCUGCUCUCAUACCUGCCACAAUGCCAUAGGAGCCUAUUACUGCUCCUGCCCCAAAGGCCUCACCAUAGCUGCAGAUGGGAGAACCUGUCAAGACAUUGAUGAGUGUGCUUUGGGUGGACAUACCUGUCGUGCUGGUCAGGACUGUGACAACACCAUUGGAUCCUAUCGCUGUGUGGUCCAUUGUGGAACAGGCUUCCGAAGAACCUCUGAUGGGUUAAGCUGUCAAGAUAUUAAUGAAUGUCAGGAGUCCAGCCCCUGUCACCAGCGAUGUUUCAACGUCAUAGGAAGUUUCCAUUGUGGAUGUGAAGCUGGCUAUCAACUCAAAGGCAGAAAAUGCAUCGAUGUGAAUGAAUGUAGACAGAAUGUGUGCAGACCAGACCAGCAUUGUAAGAACACCCGCGGUGGCUACAAGUGCAUUGAUCUUUGUCCAAGUGGAAUGACCAAGGCUGAAAAUGGGACCUGCAUUGACAUAGAUGAGUGCAAAGAUGGGACCCAUCAGUGCAGAUAUAACCAAAUAUGUGAGAACACGAGAGGCAGCUACCGGUGUGCAUGCCCAAGGGGUUAUCGGUCCCAAGGUGUUGGAAGACCCUGUAUUGACAUUAAUGAAUGUGAGCAAGUACCUAAGCCUUGUGCACAUCAGUGCUCCAACAGCCCCGGCAGCUUCAAGUGUAUCUGUCUGCCAGGACAGCAGUUGUUAGGGGAUGGGAAAUCUUGCGCUGGAUUGGAGAGGCUGUCGAAUUAUGGCACUCAGUACAGUAGCUAUACCCUUGAGCGGUUCUCCCCUGUGAGAAGCGACUAUCAACCUUCGCAGCAUUACAGACAGUACUCACAACUCUACAGCUCCUACUCAGAGUAUAGGAACAGCAGAGCAUCUUUCUCCAGGAAUAGAAGGACUAUUAGGAAAACUUGCCCUGAAGGCUCUGAGGCAAACCAUGAGACAUGUGUAGAUAUUGAUGAAUGUCAAAACAGAGACACUUGCCAACACGAGUGUAAAAACACGAUCGGGAGCUACCAGUGCGUCUGCCCACCAGGUUAUCGACUCAUGCUCAAUGGGAAAACGUGCCAAGAUGUAGAUGAGUGCCUGGAGCAGAAUGUCCGCUGUGGACCAAAUCGAAUGUGUUUCAACAUGAGAGGAAGCUACCAGUGCAUCGACACACCCUGCCCACCCAACUACCAACGGGAUCCUGUUUUGGGGUUCUGCCUUAAGAACUGUCCACCCAAUGACUUGGAAUGUACCUUAAGCCCAUAUGCCUUGGAAUAUAAACUUGUCUCCCUCCCAUUUGGAAUAGCCGCCAAUCAAGAUUUAAUCCGGCUGGUUGCAUACACACAGGAUGGCGUGAUGCAUCCCAGGACAACUUUCCUCAUGAUAGAUGAGGAACCAGCUGUCCCUUUUGCCUUAAGGGAUGAAAACCUGAAAGGAGUUGUGUACACUACACGUCCACUACGAGAGGCAGAGACCUACCGCAUGAAGGUGGGAGCUUUAUCCUACAGUGCCAAUGGGACCAUUGAGUAUCAGACUACAUUCAUAGUUUAUAUAGCUGUGUCUGCCUAUCCGUACUAGGAAGCACUCCAGAAUCAAGUCCAAAUAUUUAAGCUGCAUUGAUCUAGCCAUCGAGGACCUCUACAGUUUACUAUCUCUUGAACAGUUGCAAUCUUGGCAACUUGAAAAUGGUGCUGUACUCUGUUACGUAUGUUCCUUGGUACUGCUGAAGUAUCUGUAUGAUCCCACUAUGGUCGUGUAUCUUUUAGUAAGUUCUAGAAGCGUCCUUUGUUAUUUUCUUUAUUUAUUACACUGGAGCAGUUACUUCCCAAGGAUUAUUCUGAUCAGCUCACAGGACAUGUCAGUGACAUUGUAUAGUAGCAUAGUAGCUAAGAUCGUUUUCUUGGAAACAAUAUAAAACAAAACAAAACAGAACUAGUUCAAACACUUUUUGAACAUUCUGGCUAUUCUUAAAAUGGUAAAACCAGUUACUAUGUGAUUUGAUAAACGCUUAUGCCAUAAUAAUACAUUUUUAAAAUAUUGAUAUAACACUUAUACAUCUUUCAUUUUAAGGUUAAAAAAGAAACAACACUUUUCUGAAAUACAGUGCAGAUACAAGAAAGUUUGUUUGAUCCUAAACAAACUUAUCUUUAUUAAAUACUCAAGGUUCUAUUAAAUUCCCUGAGGUUCUGUGAAAUCUUACACUAUGGUAUCAGAAAGUGACUUUCCCUUUAGAUAGUUGCCCAUGGCCUGGGUCUUGACAUUUUGGUAUAACCAUUUAUUCACUCAACUCCUUAACUUUUACAUUCCAUAUUUUUCUGUCAAAUGAAAUUAUUUUAAGACAUAGCAAUAGAACAAAUUUCUUGAUUAUUGUAAUCAUGUAUGUUCAAGUUAACGUGUUAAACGUCAAUACACUGUACAUGGUGGUAACAGACUCUGUAAGCAAUUGUCAAGAUGUAUUCUAUUUUUAUGAAGUGUAUAUAUUACCUUAGUGUGUAUUUUCUAUAUUAUAUCUUGAUGGACUCUUUUAUAAAAUUAUUUUAUAAAAAAAAUAUUACAGUAAAAUAAACCUAAAUAAAAUGUUCACCUUUUUCUUAAGAACCUAAAA